ACCAGCCGUCCCAUCCCCUCUAAACUGUCCCCCGUUUUCUCCCGUGUCUCUCCCGGCCCCCUUUCCGCUUCCUCCUCUCUUCUCUUCUCUUCUCUUCUCUUCUCUUCUCUUCUCUUCUGUGUCUUUGUGCUCGCUGCCUCUCUAAGAUGGCUUGUCAGGGGCUCCAGAGUGGGGAAACCGUGGCGACACUGAAGAGGGAGAGCGAGUCUCUGAAGAAGAAGCUGGAGGAGGAGCGGGGGAAGCUCAACGACAUUGAGUUGCACCAGGUGGCUGAGAAGGUCGAGGUGUUGGGUGCUCUCUCCAUAAAGACCAAGCGUCUGCUGAAGGGUCAUGGGAACAAGGUGCUGUGUAUGGACUGGUGUAAAGACAAACGUCGUCUAGUCAGCUCUUCUCAGGAUGGAAAAGUGAUUGUCUGGGAUGCAUUCACUCUUAAUAAGGAACAUGGGGUGACCCUGCCAUGUACAUGGGUUUUGGCAUGUGCUUAUGCUCCUUCAGGCUGUGCUGUGGCAUGUGGCGGACUGGAUAACAAGUGCUCAGUGUUCCCGCUGUCACUGGACAAAAAUGAGAACUUGUCUGCAAAGAAGAAGUCUGUGGCCAUGCACACCAACUAUGUAUCAGGAUGCACCUUCACCAACUCUGACAUGCAGCUUCUGACCUCCAGCGGUGACGGCACAUGUGCAUUGUGGGAUGUGGAGAGCGGGCAGCUGCUGCAGAGUUUCCAUGGUCACACAGCUGAUGUCUUGUCCCUGGACCUCGCCCCAUCUGAGACUGGAAACACUUUUGUCUCUGGGGGCAGUGAUAAGAAGGCCAACGUGUGGGACAUGCGCUCUGGACAGAACAUUCAGUCUUUUGAGAGCCAUGAGUCUGACAUCAACUGCGUAAAGUACUAUCCCAGUGGAGAUGCAUUUGCUUCUGCUUCUGACGAUGCCACGUGCCGUUUCUAUGAUCUGAGAGCUGACCGCGAGGUAGCCGUCUACCAGAAGGAUAGCAUCAUAUUUGGUGCUUCCACUGUGGACUUCUCUUUGAGUGGUCGCCUGCUUUUUGCUGGCUAUAAUGACUACACCAUCAAUGUGUGGGAUGUUCUGAAGGGAACUCGAGUCUCCGUUCUGUAUGGCCAUGAGAACCGCGUCAGCAGAGUCAGAGUGUCACCUGAUGGCACGGCGCUCUGCUCGGCCUCUUGGGACAACACCUUACGGAUUUGGGCCUAGAGUUUAUAUCACAGCUGUGAUCCAGCAAAGAGAGGACCAGCAUUAUGUGACUGCAAGUCUCUGAAAUCAACACUACUGGAGGAGUGUGUUCAUACACAACAGAAGCACCAACGCCUGAAAUGUCUCUUCAGAAUGAGAAUAUAUCAUCGUAUCAUAACUGUAGGGUGGGUAUUCAUUUAAACAGAUGGUUGAUCUCCGAGUUUGGAUUCUUCAUCUUUGUCAUUGUUAGCUUUAUGACUGAUUGUAUAAUUAUGUAAUUGUUAUUGCUAAUAUAGUGGGAAAUAACUGUGAGUGUAAAGAGCCAAAAUGACUUGUAAAAUUAGAAAUCACCAGCAUGCGUCUGCUCUGCCAUGUAGACCUGCAGACAAUAUCAGUGAUCAGUUCACUGUGACCUGUCCACACCACCACACACCCGUCCAGAACACACUGUUAUUGUUGUUGUUACUGUGGCUCUGCCAUACGUAUUGUCAUGAUUAUCCAAAGGAAGAUAACUUCAAAUGUAGCCACAGAUUUUUUGUAUUUCAAUAUACAUAAACCUCAUCAGCUUGUGUACAUUUUCUUGUGAGGAAAAUAAA